AUAAGAUGGCCGCUCUUUAAGGCCACCGAACAGCAGCAAAUUCGCUUAUGUUUUGUGUUCGAGUCCUAUGCUGCUGCAAAGCAUGCGAUCAAUCACACGUGCGGUCGAUCUUGUAGCUUGUAACGUGUUUAUGUCGAAGCUAGCGACUGUGCGCCUCUUAUUAUCACAUUUUUAUUUCUCUCUCUAUUUAACAUAGUGUUAAAACAACUUGCCCUCUUUAAUUUAACCAACAAUGGCAGAAUCCACGAAAGUUCCGGACUUGGUGCCUUCGCCUUCUGGGAGUGAUGAAGAGGACGACGAUGAAGCUGCGUGGGACGAAGUGGAAGAGUCGCCUCAGCCUGCCCAGUGUCUCUUCUGUGCAGAAUCGUUCCCUUCGAUCGUGGAAGCGAUGGCUCACGCUUCAGAAAAACACGAAUUUGACCUCAAGUCGCUGGCUUCGAAGUACAACAUGGACAUGUACUCGUAUAUAAAGCUGGUCAACUUCAUCCGCGCGCACAACCUGAACAGCGCCGAAGAGCUAAUGGUCUACAAAGAGCCCCUAUGGGACUUGGACAUGUAUCUCAAGCCAGUUGUUGAAAACGACCCCUGGCUCAUGUAUGAUUUUGAGGGAGAUGGAGUUUUCGCCGAAACCAACACGUUCGCUCCCGCCAAGUUUCACGUUGUCAACUCUGAAAACGGCAGGGUCACUUUGUCGGAAGCGCAUUUCAAAGAGUUGCAGAAAAACCUAGAGAGUCUGCAUAUAGCGCUGGACCGCAAGACUGACGAGGUGCAGAUUUUGCAAGGAGACAUUUCCAGGAUGCGCUCCCUCUCUAGAGCUCUGCUUGAGGCUGGAGUUUCUGACAAAUCAACGAUGGAAGCUGAUUUGGACACUGUCGUGAAAGGAAUAAAACUGGAGGAUGAUGAAGCGUACUUUAGUAGCUAUGCCCACUUUGGCAUUCAUCACGAAAUGCUCUCAGAUAGAGUAAGAACAGAGACAUAUCGCAACGCCCUUAUGAGCAACGAGAGCCAAAUCGACGGAAUCACUGUUUUGGACCUUGGCUGUGGUACCGGAAUUCUUUCUAUGUUCUGUGCUCAGGCUGGUGCCGCCAAAGUAGUAGCUGUGGACCAAUCUGAUAUCAUUUACCACGCCAUGGACAUUAUACGUGAAAACAACCUUGGGGACCAGAUCCAGCUUAUUAAAGGCCGUUUAGAAGACCUGGACAACAUUCCGAAAGUGGACGCUAUAAUUUCUGAAUGGAUGGGAUACCUUCUGCUCUUUGAAGGCAUGCUGGACAGCGUAAUUCACGCAAGAGAUAACCACCUGAAGCCUGGUGGCCUCCUAUUGCCUAACAGAUGUGAUAUGAGUUUGGUUGGGAUAUCUGACUUAGAGAGACAUGGAGAACUCAUUGGAUUUUGGGAGGACGUUUACUCUUUCAAAAUGAGUUGCCUCAGAAAAGAGACUGUCCACGUUCCUGCUGUGGAAAUUGCCAAACCCGAGUCGGUUGUGACUACUGCUUUCAAGCUCAGAGAGCUCGACCUAAACAAAUGCACCUCUAGGGAGCUUAGUUAUAAUGUGCCUUUUGAACUGAAGGCGCUUCACACGUCAGGAGAGGUGCUCCUGACAAGCUUGGCUGGUUACUUUGACGUAUUCUUUGAUCUCGAUAAUCCAGUCAGCUUCUCAACAGGACCGCUUGCUACCCCAACGCACUGGAAGCAAACCAUCUUUUUCCUUGACAGUCCUAUUCCCAUGCAACCAGGUGCGAUCAUCAAAGGUUCGUUUGAGUGCUUGAGGCAAAAGAAAGACUGCCGUUCGCUCAAAAUCAACAUUCAGCUGGAGGGACAGGAAAAGUUCCAGUAUAUUGUCAGCUGAUUACCUGUUGAGUUUUUGUAAUAUUUGUUUAUACCUGAUACAAGUAUGAUUUAUGA